AUGGAGGCACCUCCGAAGUGGACGCGUCUUCCGAUGCGCACCCGGCCGCAUCGAAACCCCCUCGCGGAGAACGACGACGGGCACCCCGACAGCCCCCGCGCCUUUCACGCGAACUUCCCGCGAUUCUUCCCCGCCAUGCAGAACCCCGUCGUUGAGUUUGUUGACGUGGGCUGUGCGUUUGGUGGGAUGCUCUUCGAGCUCGCCCCGCUCUUCCCGGAGGUUUGUAUGUUAGGGCUGGAGAUUCGCCCGAAGGUGGCGGCCUUCGCGCAGCAAAAGACGGAGGCCCUCCGCGCCUCCCCAGACGCCGCGCACCACUUUCGAAACGUCUGGUUUGAGCCGCUGAACGUGAUGAAGUUUGGCUCGAAUUGCUUUACGAAAGGCCAGCUCAGCAAGCUGUUCUUUUGUUACCCGGAUCCGCACUGGAAGCGGAAUAACAUCCGGCGGCGGAUUAUCUCGCCCGGGUUGGUGCAUGAAUACUGCUAUUGGCUUCGAGGUGGGGGUCUUUUGUACACCGUCUCCGACGUGGAGGAGUUAGAGGCGUGGAUGGUGGAGUGCCUAGACGCGUGCCCUCUGCUAAAGCGUCUCUCGGAUGCGGAGCUCGACGACGAGGAGUCGAAGCAGAUCCUCCACGUGGUGACAAAUACCAGUGAGGAUGCCCAAAGAACGCAGCGGAAGGGCUUGAAAAAGUACUUCGCAGUGCAUCGACGCGUCUGA